AUGCCGUCUCUGUCGGAGCAGCUGCAGGAGGUGCGGAGUCGGGCUGAAGUGUGCCUGUACUCUGGGGGCAGGGUGGUGGAGGUGCGGGUCGGGGUGAUGGCUAUGGCUAAUCUGCCUUUACCGCCCUGCUCCAAAUACCGCCACAUCUCCGCCGAGACCAUGGUGAUAGAGAACAGCUUCGGCAGCAACAGGAAGGAGACCCUCGCUUCCCUCCAGCGUUUGUCCACAGCACUGAACAUCCUGGAGAAGUACGGCUGUAACCUGACAAACCCCAACAGGCCAAAGUUCUGGAGGACAGUGAAACACAACAACCCAGUGUUCAGGGCCACUGUCGAUGCUAUUCAGGGAGGACGAGCAGUGCUCUGUCUCUAUGGUUACUCCAAUCAGCAGCCGGAUGGGCUCAGCUUCCCUGAUGACGUCACAGAUCCUGAUGUGGGCCGAGUCGCUGCCGUCACGCUCGAAGUGAUGAGUCUGAGGAUGGAACUAGAAAUGCUCAUCAAGGAGGCCCACCCCCACCCCGAGUUCUAUGAGAGAAUCAUCCCUACUCUGAGACACAAGGAUGUGGGUCUCAAUACCGAUGCUGUGGUCUACCACUCCUCCUCCGCUUCGUGUCACUCCGACGGCCAGACCAAGUCUCUAGCCUUCCCCCUCCACCAUCACUCCUCCAGGGAGAGUGGCCGUGGCCACUCCCUGUCCUCCAACCACCAAAGUCUCAAGUCCAUCCAGGUCUUUUCCACCUCAUCAAACAAACACCCAGAGAACUGCUCCAUCUGCGGAAUAUUCCGAAUCUCUGCCCAUUGCCUCACCUGCCUCCAGGGCCUCUGCUCGGAAUGUGACAGGCUGUACCACUCCUACCCGGAGAGGGCCAACCACCGUCGAACAGCUGUCACAUCAUCAUCAUCAUCAUCAUCAUCAUCAUCCAAAAACAGGAGCAGUCACAGCUCUCCUACCUGGUGUUGCCUUCACUGCUCUAAAGUCAACUCUAUCCAGGAUGUGCUGUGUGAGGAUUGUGAGCGCCCUCGCCUGGAAUCCAUCAGCUCUAAGUCAGAUGACUCUCAGCCUGCCACCAUGACUGAGUGGCAGUGUAAGAGCUGUACCAUGGUGAAUGUAGCCAGCAGUAUUCUGUGUGAGGUGUGUGAAAGACCUCGUUUGGCCACACGACCUCCAGUGACCCCAUCACACCCACCCAUCACCCCGCCCAGGCCGCCUGCACCAGUACUAGGUAUGCCUGGUGACCCAGACAGCCAGUGGGUGUGUCAGUUCUGUACCUACCUGAACUACUCUCCUGCUACAGUGUGUGAAAUGUGUGACCUGGCUCGUCCAGAGCCCGCCCCCUUGCCUGUGAAGCUCCGCCCUCCCUCUCCCGUCAGACGGGUCCCCGCCCUGCCAAUCAAACCCAAAGAGCCCGCCCCUGAAGACCUGGACUCCUGGAGGCAGAGGCUGAUGAAGGAGGAGGGGCUGAAGCUGAUUCAACUGAUUAGAGACGGAGAGAAGAAAGGAGUGAGUCCAGAAGAGGUGUACACAAGCAUGAGGGUAGCUGGGGACAGCAGCAUCCUGCCCUGCAAAUGGUUAAAGACAGACCUUCCUCUGCUGUUAGACCAGAUCAGGAUGCUGGUAGCGACAUCCUCGCUUCAGUCUGUUUCUGACAAGACCACAGCAGAGCACACAAGCAGGUCCAGUGAAACUCCUGCUGAGGAUGCCAAGGAAGAGACAGAGAAAGUGGUCCAGCUGUCCAGAGCAGAGGCCAAGCAGGCCUGGCUGACAGCAGGGGGUGACACUGAGAGAGCCGCCAGACAAGCUCUGAGAGACAGGCUCGCCAAGGUAAAGGAGCUGUGUGCGCUGGGCUUCAGUGAUGAGGCUCAUUGCCAUGAGGUUUUGAGGCAGAGCGGUGGCGAGGUGAGAGGGGCCCUGGCCCUGCUUCAGCGCCCCCUUCUGGAGCCCUUCCACAACCGUAUUUGGAGCGACAAGCCUGAGCCUCCAGUAGACAUCCAUCACCCUGACAAACAGCGGACAUGUCGGAGGUUGCUAGCGGUGUACGAUCUUCCUAGCUGGGGUCGUUGUGAGCUGGCGCUGUCGCUGCUUUUGGAGCACAGCGCCCCCUACUCGCUGGAGGAUGUCGUGCAGGCUGUACGUGAGUCCCACGACCGGGAGUUUAUCAAGAGAGUGCUGGCUAAAGAGUGUCCCAUCUGCCUCUCUGUCUUCCCCCACAGCAAGAUGCAGUCUCUGACAUCGUGCCAGUGCUCGGUGUGCUGUGAUUGUUUCCAGCAGCACUUCACCAUCGCUGUAAGGGACAAACACAUCCGGGAUAUGGUGUGUCCGGUCUGCUGGGAGCCCAACAUCAACGACCCUGAACACCUCAACAGCUACUUCUCCACCCUGGACAUCCAGCUGCGGGAGUGUCUGGAGCCAGAAGUCUAUGAGCUGUUCCACAAGAAGCUGACUGAGCAGGCUCUAAUCAAAGACCCCAAGUUCCUCUGGUGCUGUCAUUGUUCUUAUGGGUUCAUCUACGAUGGAGACCAGCUCAAAGUUACCUGUUUUCAGUGUCGCAACAGUUUCUGUGCUCAGUGUAAAAAGCCUUGGGAGUCUCAGCAUGCAGGUCUGUCCUGUGAACAGUACCAGUCAUGGAAGAGAGAGAAUGAUCCGGAGUAUCAGAGGCAGGGUCUGGCUGGAUACCUCAGAGACAACGGCAUCACCUGUCCCAACUGCCGCUUCCAGUAUGCGCUGUCUAAAGGAGGCUGUAUGCAUUUCUGCUGCUCACAGUGUCGGUACCAGUUCUGCAGUGGCUGCAACAACCCUUUCCACACUACCUGUGCAGUGGACGAGUGCAGUGUGUCUGGACUGCAUGCCCAUCAUCCCAGAGACUGCCUCUUCUACCUGAGGGACUGGGAACCUUCCAGACUGCAGGCGUUACUCCAGAACAAUGACGUGGCCUUCAACACCGAGCCUCCUCCUGGAACACAGACAGGUCUGUGUGGAGUGAUAGAGCAGAAGGACGAGGGAGGGCAGCAGACAGAUUCAGCCUGUGGAGCUCAGACCCAGCACGGACACGCUGGACUCUGCGAGAAGCAUUACCGGGAGUACCUGGUCAGCCUGAUCAACAGCCACUCCAUCGACCCUGCCCCCCUCUACAGCUCCAACGAGCUGCUGCUGGCCUGCAGGAGGUACAAGGUGGACGACACCCGAAGGGACGGAGAGGACGGCUUCACCUACUACAGCAGACUGCUUGAGAAACUGAUGGAUGAAGUGCCGCUCGGCGACAAGGUCCCACGCAAGAAAUAAUGAAUGCCUCACUUCCUGUUUCCUCUUUCCUGCAGUUACGAUCGUGCUGACCUUUCAACCUAAAACUCUAAAUGUCAGCUCGUGUUCCCAUGACGCUGUAAAUACACUGUUUUAGUGUGCCACGUUCUAAAUGCUGCUUUUCAUUAGCAUUUGUUCAGUAGAGCAGGACAUGAUAAUAUGGUUUAAAGACUGCUGGUUUCAGUUGAGAGGUUUAAACAUCUGAAUUAAAAGCCCCCCCCCCCAAA